AUGGCCUUCUUCCAACUCCGGCGCUCCCGAGCCGCCGUCUUGCUCCUCCUCGCGACUCUUACCGUCGUGCACCUCGCCGGCGCCAGCACAACCUCUACAGAAAAAGGCGACGACCUCCCCUCUCUUGAAACCCUCUCCCUCUCCGAGCUAGAUGACCAGCUCCAACAAUGCCCGAUAGUGUCCACCCUCUCGGCGGCGAAAGCGACCGCGCACGCCGCGGCCCCUUCCUCGCUCACCACCCGCCUCUUCGCGCUGCUCUUCCCCUCGUCGCACCCGGCCGUCAACGCGCUGCUGGCCACGGCCUACAUUUCGGGCCCGCCGAACCUGCUGCUGGCCCUGUGCCCGACCCACAUCGACCCGUCCUCGCUGUCCGUCAUGGUCGCCUUUGCCGUGGGCGGCCUGCUGGGUGACACCCUCUUCCACCUGCUGCCCGAGAUCUUCCUCGGGGAGGACGAGGCGGAUCGCGCGCGGUUCGUGCUCGUCGAGCCGAACCGGAAUCUGCUGCUGGGCGUUGCCAUUCUGGUCGGGUUUUUGGUCUUUGUGGCGAUGGAUAAGGCGCUGAGGAUCGCUACCGGCGGCGGUGGUGGGCAUGAUCAUUCGCAUGGGCACUCGCACGGGCAUGGGCACGGGCACGGGCAGGAUGCAGACGGAAGAGGCAAGGCUACUGCGCUGGAGGGGGAUGGCCAUGAGGUCAGGCGGAGGAAGGGCAAGAAGGAGGUCGAAGGGGAAGGGGAAGGGGAAGGGGAAGUCGCGGAGAAGGGAAAGGCGGCUGAUGCUAACCCCUCGGUGAAGCUCGGCGGUAUACUGAACAUGAUCGCCGACUUCACGCACAACAUCACCGACGGCCUCGCCAUGUCGGCCUCCUUCUACGCAUCGCCCACCAUCGGCGCCACCACGACCGUCGCCGUCUUCUUCCACGAGAUCCCGCACGAGGUCGGCGACUUUGCGCUGCUCGUACAGUCCGGCUUCUCGAAGCGGCAGGCCAUGGGCGCCCAGUUCGUCACCGCCAUCGGCGCCCUGAUCGGCACGCUCAUCGGCAUUGCCGUGCAGGAGCUUGGCGGCAACGGCGGCGAUGACGGAGCCGCCAUGAGCAUGCGCGACGGGCUCUGGGGCACCAGCCUGACGUGGGGCGACAUGUUGUUGCCCUUCACCGCGGGCACGUUCCUCUACGUCGGCACGGUCGCCGUCAUCCCGGAGCUGCUGGAGACCGGGCCGAACAAGGCGGCCGAGUUGCGCAAGACCCUGCAGCAGUUUGCUGCGGUCCUGCUUGGCGCGGGCAUCAUGCUGUAUAUCUCCUGGCACGACUGA